GUUAAUUUGAUCAUAUUAAAAUAGAACGAGUGCCAACGAAGACCAGCUCAUCGUCUCCAUCGCUGACCUUCCUUCAUCGAAGAAUCUCUGUAUCUAUCUUUCUCCCUUAACCGGAGCUCGUAGUGUUGGUGGUACACGGCGGAGAGAUGUCUAUGUUCGGUGCUAUUGCUCCCUCGAUCUCAAAUUGGGUAGCAGCUGUGACCAAAUCAGUUAACGGUUUGGUUGGGUAUGAGGGAGUUGAAGUUAUUAACCCUGAAGGAAGUAAUGAAGAUGCAGCUGAGGAAGCUAACAAAGGGAGAUGGAAUCAAGAGGAUCGAGAUGGUUAUUGGAAGAUGAUGCACAAGUACAUAGGAUCCGAUGUUACAUCAAUGGUGACCCUCCCUGUUAUUAUUUUCGAACCCAUGACUAUGCUCCAGAAAAUGGCUGAGUUGAUGGAAUACUCGCAUCUAUUAGACAUGGCAGAUCAAACCGAGGAUCCUUAUAUGCGUAUGGUGUAUGCGUCAUCAUGGGCAAUAUCUGUGUACUAUGCUUUCCAACGUACCUGGAAACCGUUUAACCCAAUCCUUGGAGAGACUUAUGAGAUGGCUAAUUACAAUGGUCUUAACUUCAUAUCCGAACAGGUCAGCCAUCAUCCACCAAUGAGUGCUGGUCAUGCUGAAAAUGAGCAUUUCACUUAUGAUUGUACUUCAAAACUGAAAACAAAGUUUCUGGGAAAUUCCAUUGACGUUUACCCAGUAGGAAGGACACGGGUGACACUUAAAAGAGAUGGAGUAGUUCUUGACUUGGUACCUCCUCUAACCAAAGUUCAUAACCUAAUCUUUGGACGAACUUGGGUCGAUUCUCCUGGGGAAAUGAUCAUGACUAAUCUCACCACUGGUGACAAAGUCGUGCUUUACUUUCAACCAUGUGGUUGGUUCGGAUCUGGUCGAUAUGAAGUGGAUGGAUAUGUCUAUAACGCCUCGGAGGAGCCCAAGAUACUCAUGACCGGUAAAUGGAACGAGUCCAUGAGCUAUCAGCAGUGUGACGGUGAAGGCGAGCCUCUCCCUGGCACCGAACUAAAGGAGGUGUGGAAACUCGCUGAUGUUCCAAAGGAUGAUAAAUACCAAUACACACACUUUGCUCACAAGAUCAAUAGCUUCGACACUGCCCCCAAAAAGCUGUUGCCGUCUGAUUCACGGUUACGUCCUGAUAGAUACGCACUUGAGAUGGGCGACAUGUCCAAAUCCGGCAAUGAGAAGAGCAGCUUGGAAGAGAGACAGCGAGCAGAGAAGAGAACACGUGAAGAGAAGGGGCAUAGCUUUACUCCCAAGUGGUUUGAUAUAACAGAGGAAGUCACUCCUACACCAUGGGGGGAUCUUGAAGUUUACCAGUUCAAUGGAAAGUACUUAGAACACCGGGAAGCUGCUGAUAAAUCUGAAGAUAACACUGACCCUAAGUCAAUCCCAUUCAACCCAUGGCAGUUCCAAGACAUGUCUACUUGAAAUGAAUUGCUCCAGAAGACAAAAAGUGAUCAGAUCUUUUGGUAACCAUUGUUGUAAUUUUUAUUCUCUCUUAGUUUUCAACCAACUCUGCUAGCUUUCUCUAGUAAUAGUUGACAACCUUUGUUGUUCUUUUUUUUUAUUUUUUCAAAUCACCCUUUCAUACAUAAUUAUCUCUUCUUCAGACCUCUGUUAAGUUAAACAAUGGGGGCUUCUUCUGGUGU